AUGAAGUCGUUUGCUGUCCUCCUUGCUGCCACCCUGGCCAUGGCUUCGCCCAUAAAGAGAGAGCUCGGUGGAGUCCUUCUCUGCAGCGGUGUCAACGCUACCGGCUCCUGCGAGUAUGCCGUCCACCCGCUCAAGACAUGCAUCAACACACCAGUGUCGCUCAACGGCACGACCAACACCUUCGCAGUGGACGGCGAAGCGUUUGAGUGCUACCCGUAUGUCCAGAAAUGCGGCGGCAUCUGCACCUCGCCAGAAGGCUGCACACUAGGCGCCAUCGACUUUGGCUACGCGCACAAGUACAACCUGAGCGCGGUGGGCUGGGGAACCCUGAUGGGUUCGUAUGAAUGUCGCGCGAAGAAGUAG